AUGGCCUCCAAGGACGGCCAAGAUACUACGCCUAGGCGUCGCAGUCUUAACGAUGAGUGCGACCCUAAUUUGGCAGCUGACGAGAAGAGACUUGUUGCGAAACUGGACUUUUACAUUAUUCCUCUUGUUAUGGUCCUUUAUCUUUUCAGUUUCCUAGACAGAGUCAACAUUGGCAAUGCCCGUCUUUACGGUCUCGAAGAGGAUCUUGGCCUCUCAUCCAGCCAGUUCCAAGUCGCUGUGUCUAUCCUUUUCGUCACGUACUUACUAUUCGAGGUUCCCUCCAACCUCGUCCUCAAGCUUUUCACUCCCCGCCGAUGGCUUGCUUUCAUCACUACUGCAUGGGGUACUAUCGCCACUUUGACCGGUCUCGUCAAUUCAUAUGGCGCUCUGCUCGCUUGCCGUCUCCUUCUAGGCGCCGUGGAAGCUGGACUAUUCCCUGGUUUGACUGUGUAUCUUACUUUCUUCUACACCAAGCGAGAACUUGCGCUUCGCGUGGGCUAUCUCUUCGUCAGCGCUGCUGUCGCCGGUGCUCUUGGCGGUUUGCUGGCUUAUGGCAUUGGCCACAUGGAUGGCCUACAUGGUAUGAGCGGCUGGCGUUGGAUCAUGAUUAUUGAAGGUAUUCCCAGCUUUGUGAUCGGUAUAAUCACCUAUUUUGCGCUGCCCAACGAUGCAGAGACGGCGUACUUUCUGAAUGAUGAUGAGAAGGCACUCAUGCGGCUGAGACAUGCUCGUGACUAUGGAAACACGGCGUCUAGUCGUGAGUUUAGCAAGAAGGAUAUGAUGUGUGCCUUUAAGGACUGGAAAGUGUGGGCGUUUUGCGUCGCGCAGUUUGGUGUCGAUACUAUGCUGUACGGGUUCUCUACCUUUUUGCCGACCAUCAUCAGGGACCUCGGCGACUGGACAGUUGCAGAGACGCAGCUCCUAACUGUACCGUGCUACUUCCUCGGAGCUGCCGCAUACAUGACGACGGCGUUCCUCUCGGACAGAUUCCAGAGCCGCGGACUCUUUUGUGUCAUAUUUGGACUCAUCAGUGUUGUUGGGUACGCGGUGCUCUUGGCAGAUGUGUCCUCGGGUGCGCACUACUUUGGCUGCUUCCUUGUGGCCGGAGGUUUGUACGUUGUUGUGGGCUUGCCACUUGCUUGGUUGCCUACGAACUCCCCACGUUAUGGAAAGCGUACCACAGGCACAGGUAUGCAAUUGACAUGGGGUAACGCCGCAGGUAUUAUGUCUGCGUUUAUCUAUCCCGCUACAGAUAAGCCUCGAUAUGUCAGGGGCCACGCCGUGACGCUCAGCAUGGUUGCUCUCGGCACCAUCAUUUACGGUUUCAUGUGGUGGUGGUACCGACGUGAGAACGAGCGACGCCAGGCGGGUCAUAUGGACGAUAAAUAUCGGGGAAUGGGAGAGGAUGAGUUGGCUGAGCUUGGAGACGAGAGUCCACGUUAUAGAUAUACCAUUUAG